CGUAGCUAAGGCAAAGAUCGACGGCGCAAGAUGGGGAACUUCGCCAUGAAUACGCGUAAAAUGUUGUUAUCACAUGGGUGCCAUUCUGGUUGGACUACGACUGCGCAGUGCAUGUUAAUGCGCUGGCGCAGGCGCCUCGACAGGCACGCACGUGCGCACACAGAUGAACGUUUUUACACUCGAAUGGCGCUCAUGGUGAUAACACCUUUAUGGCCAAAUUACCCAUCUUGCGCCGCUACGCGGCGCUAUAUAAUCUUUGGCUGAGGGAGCUUAGACCUAUUUGUACUUUCAUCGGCGCAUAGGGGUCAUACGGGAAGUUGUCUUCAUUGGUGCGGUGUGGUUGCUACUUACAAUUUUGUGAAACUCCCGGAUGUCCGUGCUGCUCCAUUUGCGACUACUGUUUACCCCUGGAACUGGGUUCACUGUCCAGUUCACUAAAUUGGCAGACGAUGAACCGCACAGUUAAGAGAUUAAAGGGUAUCCUCUUGUAGUCCUAUCUACGUGCCAAUCAUGCCAAAGAAGAAGACAGGUGCCCGGAAGAAGGCAGAGAAGCAAAAAGAGCGCCAGCGAGAGAUUCGCAAGGGAGCAGAGCAGAGGCAGAUUGCUCAAUGGCCAUGCAACUUCACAAUGGAGUGUGACAAGUGUGGCAGGCGACAAAAGAACCGUGCAUUCUGUUACUUUUGUAGCGCUGUUCAGAAGCUUCCAGUCUGUGGGCAUUGUGCCAAAGUCAAAUGCAUGCAGAAGACGGGGGACUGUGUCAUCAAGCAUCCAGGACAGUUCACUACUGGGCUUGGUAUGGUGGGUGCCAUUUGUGACUUUUGCGAGGCAUUCAUCUGUCACGGCAGGAAGUGUCUGACAACCCAUGCUUGUGAAUGCCCACUUGCAGACUUGGAAUGCAAAGAAUGUGAGCGUGGAGUAUGGGACCAUGGCGGUAGAAUCUUCAAGUGUUCAUUCUGUGACUGUGCACUGUGUGAGGACGACCAGUUUGAGCACCAGGCUAUGUGCCAGCAAGUCGAAGCAGAAUCCUUGAAGUGUGCAUCAUGUAACAAGCUGGGCCAGUACUCUUGCCUCCGAUGUAAGGUCUGCUUUUGUGAGGAUCAUGUUCGGCGCAAGGGUUUCAAGUACAACCGUGGGGAGCCCAUACCUUGUCCAAAGUGCAGCUAUGACACUAAGGAGACCAAGGAUCUCAGCAUGUCCACGAGGAAAGUAGCCUAUGGUCGACAGACGAAUGAUGGUGGUGAACAGAGUUUUGGGUACACAUAUGACGACGAUGAUGAUGAUGGUGGUGGCUAUGGUUACUAUGGUGCAGCUGCUGAGGGCGGUUCCUACUGUGAUGAGGAUGAAGAUGAUGAAGAUGACGACGAAGAUGAACAAGAUGAUGAGGAGGACACUGAUAUGGCUGAUCAUCUGUCUCAUCUCAACAUUGGUCCAACUUAUUCAUGAAGUCAGAAUUGUGUCAAGGUACAAGUCAAGAAUAGCGACGUGAUCAUUUGGCAUAUAUUUUCAAGAUGUUGGGGAGGUUGUGUACAUAUGUUUUGCUCUAGCCAUGAUAUCUUAGAAUGUGUCAUUUGCCUUUCGAAUGUGCAGUUAAAGAUGGCUGAAGUGACUUUCAGUGAAUCUUAUGGAGAAUGUGACAGAUCAGGAUCAGCCUACGAGUGCUUGCUUUGCUGCUUUCAUUGUUUCGCAGCUAAAUUGACAUUUGUUUCCAUUCUGCACAGAACAAUUAAAAUGUACAGAAGUAGCAAUAUACAAAACAUGAACUGCAACAUAUUGCUUUCAUCUCAUGGACACUACGAUUGGACUAUUUCAUUGAUUGUGAUUUGUGCUUGGAGAUCGGCACCAAUCACAGCACUUGUCUUGUAAUGAUUUGUCACUCUUGCCAGUGCUGCGUUAUCUGCCCGAUAAAAUCUAGCUCUCCUUUAUAAUGAAAAUGGCUAUGAAGAAAACUUUUUAAAAACGCACAUUAAUGUAAACCAAGGUUCAAGGCACACCAUUGUUUAUUCAGUAUUUAUGGUAUACAUACUGAUUACAAACACUUUUUAACCUUCUUACAUAAAUCCUCUAAAUGAUGUGCAUAUUAAAGAAUAUACACGGUCAAAUAAACCAUGACAUAAUCUGAAA